UGUGUACGUUGCAGGUUCCUGGUUGGGACCCCUGCUUUUAGAUUUGGGGGGCAGAGCUUAAUUCAAAUCUGAGCUAUGUUUUAACACACGCCUCGUUUCUGCUGCGCCAGUCUGCUCCAGGUUUCUAGUGAGGGGAUGAACACGAAACACAUUGGACGUUAUAGAAGAAACAAAAAGUAACCGGGCAAAGUUUGUGGAAGUAUGAUGUUGCUCUGCAGAAAUGAUGGACGCAAAAGACUCCAUUGAUCCAUACAGCCGACCAGCGCGCAGGACACAAUGGAUAGUCAGCACUCUGGCUUACCAUUACGGACUGGACCGGGGAGUGGAGAAUGAAAUCAUUGUUUUGGCAACCGGACUGGAUCAAUACCUACAGGAGAUUUUCCAUCACAUCGACUAUCAAGGAGGUGGGAAAAUCCCUGUGGAGGAUUUUAACAUCUUGUGUAAAGUUUUGGGACUGAACAAAGACGCGGAGGAUACAGAAUGCGCCGGGGUGCCGGACAAUUUACCCAGCGAGCUCACCUUUAGACACUUCCACGCCAAACUGUGCGGACACUUCAGCACCAAGGCGGGCUGUCAGUAUGAGAACGGUCGGCUGCUGGUCGGGAAAGACAGCGAGCACAUAGAGACUCAGAUCCGCCUGAGAAGCCCUCUGAGGAGGCGAGAGAAGCUCCUGUCUGUGGGUGUGAGCGAGGGCUCGUGUUCCUCCGCGGAGGGACGGCACGCCUCUGGCUGCAGACUUGGAUCCUGCUCCAAAGAGUGCUAUGAGGAGAUAGUGGCACUGGAGGAAGCAGAGGACCGGGUAGCCAAACUGGAAGACGAGAAUGCAAGUUUGAGGGAGCUGAUAGAGGAUAUGCGAGCUGCACUUCAGAGCAGUGAUGCCCGCUGUUUAGCUCUGCAGGUAGGACUAUGGAAAAGCCACUCCAAACACAAACCAGAGGAGGGCUGUUUUGUUGCGCAGCAGAAACAAUCUUCCCCGAAAAGUAUGAGCAACACAAACCUGAAAAGCAGCACCUACAGUAACCUGACGAGUCUGCAGAACCUUAUCCAAGAGAUAGAGCUUCUGCAGAAUUCCAGAGACAGACAGGUAGAGGAGGCAAUGCUGUGCAGUCAGAGACUGGAGAAGGAACUGUGGAGCUCUAAAGAGACUGUGGCUGCUCUGGAGGACUGCAACCAGUCCUUGAAGAGGGAGCAGGUGGGCAUGAGGAGGAAGGUGGAGGAGGCCAGGCAGGCGCUGCUCAGUGGCCUGAGUAAGGUGAAGGAACUGGAGGCCAAGGCCAGUCAUGUUCCAGCCCUGCAGAGACACAUCAUCCAGCUGGAAUCAGAGCUCCUAUACUACAGGUUCGGGUCCCAACAUGACCGCUGCUCACCAACAGGACGAGCUGUGACGACCCCGGAUAAGAUGGAGGAGCAGCUUUUUCGGUCUGUGGAGGGCCAGGCAGCUUCUGACGAGGAGGAGGACAAAUGGACCGGAGAUCAGCAGAGGCAGGUGGCUGAAGUGAAGAGGAUCUUAACCAGGCUGUCCUGCUGUGGGGAAAGGUGCGACGAUAAAGCAUUCAAGAAGCUGAUGUCUAAUUUCGGGAGCUCGAGGAGCGAGGAGAGCUGCAGUGCUGUGGUGGAGCUUCUGGAGAGAGUGACCAGGUUGCAUAAACAGCUCGAGCUGAAGGAGAGCCAGGCAGAGAUCGACAUGGACCAGAUGAAGGACUCUCUGUUGCAGGAGCUGCAGCAGAAGGCAGAGGAGACUGAGCUGCUUCAGAUGGAGCUGCAGAUGCUGGAGACAGAGAGGGUCCGUCUGUCGCUGGUGGAGGAGAAACUGGUGGACAUCCUGCAGCUCCUCCAGCAGCUCAGAGACCUGAACGUCUCACGCAGGUCUCUGGGGAAGAUCUUGCUCAGCACUUUGGAGUCUUGUAGCGACCCGCAACACGGGAAAGCCCACAUUCUGGAGGUGCUCAACGCUCUCUAUCACGAACUGGCUGCCUGUGAGAUUCUGUCAACUGGCGGCCCUUUGGAGCGAACACAGAGUCAGCAGUCUCUGAACACCCUCAUCAUCUCCUGCUAAACAUCACUGCCUCCUGCUGGGCCAAUCACCAACCAGCAGACUUUUUAAAGGACACUGAAAAGUUGAACAGUUGUCAUAAACCAAGCUAAUUACUGUGUAUAGUGUAUCAUAUGUCUCAUAUAUAUUCCUCAGGCCCUAUUAUCUAUAAAGGGAUGUUAGUUUAGAAAGUUAAUUAGUGCAGCAAAAUGCUUUCUACAUAUAAAGGAAAUUCUUUCUUAUAUAUUUUUUCAAGAUUUUUAUAUUGCACAUAACUCAUUCAUGUUUCAAUAAGGAUUUUUUCCCCCAAGUGAAGAGUUCUGAAUGUGAAUAUGUUGAUUUAAGCUAACCCUGAUAUAUCAUGUCAACUGGUCUGUGAAAUGUAUCUGGACAAAAACAUCCCUUAUAGAACUGAAUAAAUUCAUCUCAAUCUUGGAGAUUCAUCAAACA